AUGAUAUCAACUGGCACCAGUUGCGUUGCAUGUGAAGUUGGGAUGGUCAAAGUCACAGAAACGACAUGCGACUACUCGUACAAUGUCAUCCCAAAGUGUCAGAUUGCAGACUUUGUCAAUAAUCAACACAUUUGCACCACAUGUUUUGCGCCAUACGUCACUUCAAGUGACUUGAAGGCGUGCAAUUUGGGAUACACAACUACAACAUACUACAACACAUAUGACCACCAAUUACGCACCAACAUGGAUGGGUGCAUCAACCAAAUCGAUACAAUGUGUUAUUCGUGUGAUACAACAACAAUGUUGUUAAACAGUGUUUGUAAUGUUAAGCACGAGAAGUGUGAGAAAUACUCGCAACACGGCUGUGACAAAUGCGUUUCAGAUGUGAUCACAUCAAAUGGCAAUUGUGUUGUUAACACAAAUUGUAAAUAUGAAAUCAACAGAGAAAUUGGCACCGAGUGUUUGUAUUGUGUUGAUGACGUGUCGUGUGGCAAAGCAAAACAAAAUUGUGAAACAUCACACAAUGAGUACUGCUACUUGGCAAUCAGUGGAUAUCACACAACAAACGACAACACCGUUGAACAGUGUGAGAGUGAAGUGUGUGUCAUUUCAAAUGGAGUUAUCACCGAUUUGAAAUGUAAAGAAAACAAAUUGUUGAUAGAUGGCGUGUGUACAACUAAUACUAUGUGUUCUGUAAUAUCAUAUGGUGAUUGUACUAAGUGUAAUUCAAAACAACACAUCUCACAAGGAAAAUGCUCACAAAACAGUGCAAAUUGUGACAACCAAAAUGGAGAUAUUUGCAUCGUGUGUAACAACUCCAUCAACGUUGACGGUGUGUGCACAGACACCCAGUCAAUUCAUUGCAGUUCAUUUGACAAAGUGUGUGUCACAUGUGAGAGUGGCUAUUACAAAGAUGUUGAUGGCUGCAAAGAGAAGACUGGCGUUUUGUCUAAUUGUGGUGUUGUCUCGUCACUCAACACCAAAUGUGUCGAGUGUGAGUCCGAUUACAAUUUCAAUGGAAUUUCGUGUGUGCCACAAACACUUCCAAAUGAGACCACCAAACAAACAACUAAAAACGUAGACACACAGACAGACAGCCACUGUGAAGUGAGCACCACAAAGGGGUGUCUGAGGUGCCUCAGUGGGUAUUACCUCGCAGACCGGAUGUGUGUGAAGUGUGAGUAUCCCUGUGUCUACUGUUCGAAUCGGACAUUCUGCACAAAGUGUGACGACUACUCGUAUGCAAACAGCAACGGCGUUUGCACUGAAAUCAACGCACUUGUCAGUGUGUGUGACGUGUUGAUGUCAACAUAUCGCGGGUGUGUAACUUGUAAAGAUGGGUACAUGCGGUCAUCUGAUGGGUCAACAUGCAUAAGCUGUGAUGUGUCAUGCAAGUCGUGCACAAACGAAGGAAACUGUGUUGUGUGCGAAGAGGCAUUUUAUCGUACGUCAUCAAAUGUCACCAAAUUGUGUUCUCCACAAAGCGAGUUGACUUCGUGUGCAAACAAAACAACAGUUGGUUGUAUGCUAUGCGAAAGUGGGUAUUAUCUCUCCAACAAUUUGUGUGUGAAGUGUCAAGACACGUGUACACAAUGUUAUGGCAUCGAUGAGUGCACCGACUGUGUAAAAUACAGCGUUCUUGUGACAGGUGUUUGUUCGCAUUACACAACCAUCGAAAACUGUGUUGAAUCUGCCAACAACAAAUGUUCAAAAUGUGAUGACAACUACAAGUUGAGUGACGACAUGUUGAGUUGCAUUCACACAACAAAUUACGGCGUUGUAGUUGGCAUCCCAAUUGUCUCCGUUUUCAUUAUAGUACUCAUUAUCAUAGGUAUUAUUGUAAUUACAAUAGUCGUUUUACAAAAGCGCAAGGAAACAAAGAAAAUGGAAAAUAUCUGUGUUUUUAAGAUGAGUCGUUCAAACAUCGCAAUGAGUGUGUUAAAUGACAAUGUCAUGACAAACAAAAAGUCGCUGACAUUUGAUGACACCAGUGAAGUCAUUCCCGUCGAAAAAGAAUCACGUGAACUUCUCUGUGUUGGCAACAAAGGCAAAGGCAUUUUGAAAGUCCAAAUCACAACACGUGGCGGCUGUGAUAAAUACUCAAUUCGCACAGAGCCGCAAUUGGUGACUCUGAAGAAAGGCGAAGCAUGCGAAUUUGAGGUAUUUGUGACACCGCACUGUUCACUGAAAUUGCACGACGAGAUGAUGAUAGUCACAAUGAACAUCGAAAAUGGCGAGACUGUGUCUGUUCCAAUUGCCAUUGAAAUCACAACAGAAAACUCGACAAAAUUAGAUUACGACGAGUUGAAAGAAGACAAGAAACUUGGUGAAGGCUCGUUUGGAAUUGUCUACAAAGGAACUUACAGAGGAAACGUUGUUGCUAUCAAGAAAAUGAAACAGUCAAAUGACACAGACAAACUCAUUGAUGAAUUCGAAAAUGAAGUGUCAAUGUUAGACAAAUUUAGAAGUGAGUAUAUUGUCCACUUUUAUGGAGCUGUUUUUAUACCAAACAAGAUAUGUAUGGUCACACAAUUUGCACAAUAUGGCAGUUUACAAGACUUGAUCAAACACAGAAAAAAUGAACAAAUUCCGCCAAUGAAACUUCGGGUUAAAAUGCUGAUAGAUGGAGCUAGAGGUGUACUGUAUUUACAUGAAAAUGGGAUAUUACACAGAGAUAUCAAGCCCGACAACAUUCUUGUUAUUUCACUUGACUUGAUUGAGAAAGUCAAUGCUAAAUUGACUGACUUUGGAAGCGCGAGAAAUGUCAACAUGCUGAUGACCAACAUGACAUUCACAAAAGGUAUUGGAACUCCAGUGUAUAUGGCUCCGGAAAUUUUAAACAAAGAGAAAUAUAAAAAACCAGCUGAUGUCUUUUCAUUUGGAGUCACUAUGUAUGAAGUCUUUGGGUGGUCUGAGGCUUACCAAAAUGACACAUUCAAAUUUCCAUGGAAAAUCGCAGAGUUUGUAAUUCACAACAAUCGACUGAAAAGAAAAGAUCCAAUAGAAGAAGAGCAGUACAACAUCAUCGCUCUGUGUUGGUGCCAGGACCCCAAAAGUCGUCCACAAAUGGAGAUAGUAGUGGACCAACUUGAAAAUUUAUUAUGA